AUGGUUAAUAUAAGUAGCAAAAAAGCAUAUAGGACUAAGAGAAAGGCAAGGGAGACAAUCAAAGGUUGUGAUAUGGAGCAAUAUGAAAGGCUGUGGGAUUAUGCUGCUACAGUUAGACAGUCAAAUUCAGACAGUUAUAUAGCUAUACAAAUAAACAGGAGGUCUAUUGAACAAAGGGCAACAUUUCAAAGACUGUUCUAUGACUUGGGUGCUCUUAAAAAGGGCUUUCUUGCAAGUUGUAAACCAAUCAUUGGCCUAGAUGGUUGCUUUUUGAAGAGUCCCUUUGGAGGUCAGCUGUUAGCAGCACUUGGAAAGAAUGGAAAUGACAAUAUGCAAAAAGGCCUAGUACAUGCUAUAGAGGAGUUAUUUCCUGGUGCAGAACACAGAUUUUGCCAUAAGCAUCUGUUUGAGAAUUUUAAGGCAAAGUUCAAAAACAGUGAACUGAGGGAAUUGUUUUGGGUUACUACAUCAGCAACUAAUGUUGAUGAUUUCAAGAGAGCAUUGAAUGCUUUGGAGAUAUCUCAGCCACAAAAUGGAGAGGACCUUACUGUUGCUUCUUGGUUAAAAAGGCUGUCAUAUCACUUGUGGUCUAGAGCAUAUUAUGGAAUAGCUGCUAAGGCUGAUAUUUUAGUCAACAACCUAAAUGAGAGUUUCAACAACUGCAUUUUGAAAGCAAGAGACGAGCCAAUUAUGACUCUUCUUGAAUUUUUCAGAAGAAAGUUAAUGCAACGAUUGACAUUGAAGAAACAAGGCAUGGAGAAAUAUGGAGGCAAAUUCUAUCCAAACAUUGUUGAGAAGCUAGCCAAAGUAACCUCUGUUGUGAAUUUACAACGUAGAAGCUAUUCAUGUGAUGCAUUCCAAUUGACUGGAAUUCCAUGUGUGCAUGCUAUUUUUGCCAUUCAAAGCAUGCGGAUGAAGGUUGAAAACUAUGUCGAUGAGUGCUAUAGUAAAAAGGCAUACUUGAGGGCAUAUGCUUAUAGCAUUGGAGCUGUUCCAUCCAAAGAUCACUGGAUUGAUAGUGGAAUACAGCUGUUAAAUCUACCAUUUGUGAAGAAACAACCUGGGAGACCUAAAAAACUUAGGAGAAGAGGUCCUGAUGAACCGAGAGAUCCACUAAGAGCUUCCAAAAAGGGGUUGACAAUAUACUAUAAGAGAUGUUUAAAAGCUGGCCAUAAUAGAGAACUUGUAAAGAACCUCCUCAUCCCAAAUCAAAGUUGUACAAGGUACAUUUAA